AUGCUUUGCAAAUCAACUUGGUAUGGCUCGGGUCUUGGACAUGGAACCUUUGACCUUUUGCGAUGCCCUAGUCUUACUCAUCGAGAUACACGAUAUGAUGUGCGGUCGGUUAAACUCACUACAGGAGUCUUUUGGGUACAACUGCACGGGAUCUCUCCUUUGAAUAUGACGGGUGCUGCUAUGAAAAAAAUUGGAGGUCUCUUGGGAUCUAUUUUAGAAGUGGACCAGGUUGAUGGGGAAGAUUGUGUAUGGUGUUUUGCAAGGGUUCGAGUCAUGAUGGAUAUUGAGCAGCUCUUUAAGAGAGGCGCCUUUGUUGAGUUCCCAAAGGAAGGGUCAAAGUGGAUCAAUUUUUGUUAUGAGUACAUUCUCGAAUAUUGCUUCUUUUGUGGCUGUUUGGGACAUCUUAGCCGCACCUGCGUGGAGAAAACAAAAGGGGCACUUGCAUCUGAUAGUGGGGUAGAGGCCCUUAGAGCGUAUGCAGGACUGGAAGCUUUAGAGGACAUAUAUGGCAGGCCUCUUAAAUCGGUGAUGAGAAGGACCCAACCGCAAUCUAGUUUUGGUACUUGGAAAGAAGCAGCGAUGAGGGAGUUCCAACCUGGGGGAAUGCAGACGAGGUGUGGAAGUUGGGAACACAGCUCAUUUACAGGGUUAGUCAGGUACAAGUUGCACAACAAUGGCGAAGACUUUAUGAAGGCAGAGGGAGGAGGAGGAGUGUAG